AUACCACCAAAAAAAGAUAGAACCAAGGCUUUUUUUUUCUUUCAAAGAACACUCAUAAUCUUAUUACCACAUGAUGAUAACUGCUGAUUGAUACUUGAUUGUAUUCACCCAGACAUUCUCUGUGGAAUUUAUAUAUGCAAGAUACACAGUUAAUUCUGCUUUGCAACUGAUUAAUUCAUUUCCCAUCUUGAGUGAGGCAGGCUUCAAACAGACAUGUCCGCUCUACUGGAUGUGGACUGUGUUGUCCUCAGACUGCUCACUGGUCUCUCCUGUUUUCUAGUGGAUGAAUACAUCGCCAUUGCCAAAGAGAAGCAUGGGUACAACAUGGAGCAGGCUCUUGGGAUGCUCUUUUGGCAUAAGACAAUAUUGGAAAAAUCAUUGCUGGCUGAUCUACCCAACUUUACCCCUUCCCAGAUGAGUGAGGGACCUGUGGAAGAUAAGGUCUUAUUUGAGCAGGCCUUUAGUUUUCAUGGGAAAACAUUUCACAGAAUCCAACAGAUGCUUCCUGAUAAAUCUAUAGCAAGUCUCGGUGAAAUUUUACUAGCUACUUGGAAGAAGACAAGAACUAAAACCAGCGUGAUGGACCGCCAUGCUCGGAAACAAAAACGGGAGCGGAGAGAAAGUGAGGAUGAACUGGAAGAAACAAAUGGAAGUAACCCCAUUGACAUUGAGAUUGAUCAAAACAAGGAAAGCAAAAAGGAGGUGCCCCCUACUGAGACAGUUCCUCAGGUCAAAAAAGAAAAACAUAGCACACAAGCUAAAAAUAGAGCAAAAAGAAAACCUCCAAAAGGAAUGUUUCUCUCUCAAGAAGACGUGGAGGCUGUUUCUGCCAAUGCCACUGCUGCUACCACGGUGCUCAGACAGCUGGACAUGGAGUUGGUCUCCAUCAAACGACAGAUCCAGAAUAUUAAACAGACAAACAGUGCUCUCAAAGAAAAACUUGAUGGUGGAAUAGAACCUUAUCGACUUCCAGAGGUCAUUCAGAAAUGUAAUGCACGCUGGACCACAGAAGAGCAGCUUCUUGCUGUGCAAGCCAUCAGGAAAUAUGGCCGAGAUUUUCAGGCAAUCUCAGACGUGAUUGGGAACAAGUCAGUGGUACAGGUGAAAAACUUUUUUGUAAAUUAUCGACGCCGCUUCAACAUAGAUGAGGUUUUACAAGAAUGGGAGGCAGAACAUGGUAAAGAAGAGACCAAUGGGCCCAGUAACCAGAAACCUGUCAAGUCCCCGGAUAGUGCUAUCAAGAUGCCUGAGGAGGAAGAUGAGACUGCUUCUGUCCUCGAUGUCAGAUAUGCAUCUGCCUCCUGAGAACCACUGGUAGCUUUGAACACUUGGUGUGGACUACAUGUUAUCCAGGAUAUCAGGUAUUACGAGACAUCACCUAGCCAUCUGCAUCACAUCUCUGUGGACAAGCAGCUAUUACCAAAAAAGGCGUACUCUUCCAGUCCUGUGCUACAUCUGCCUUAAUUCUUUGCUCGUUCCUCCAUGUUGGCGCCACUUCCCAGAGAGUCCAUUGCAUCUCACUCUGCCUAAGUGCUGGGGAACCCACGGCCUGCACAUCUCCCUCAACUCAGCCUGUCCCCCAUUCGGAGCCCCUGAGCCCCACCAGUGGCAGCUCUCCCUAUUAGCAGCUUCAGAACACAUAGUCUUGGAAGGCCCAGCUCUGUUCCUGCAUGGCCUGCAGUUUCUACUUUGUGCAUAGUGUGAUUCUCAGAGUAACUGAUCCUGUUGGCCUUCAAGAAAGUUUCUCUUGCUCUUUUCUGGAGCAGCCACCUAAGUAAUACCAUGUUUCUUUGGAAAUCACAAUACAAUGGCAGACUGUAACUUUGAUCAUGCCAAGCAUCCUGAUGCCACUCAUGUUCCCUAAACAGAGGUAGAAUUAUGCUUUGUAAGUAAGGUGGCUCCUCUCCCCUUUCUGUCUCCCCCCGAAUUAUGUCCCCUUUCACCUUCCUAAGUGGUAAAAGCUCAUUCGCAGCAACUGUCCUUGGACACUGUAGCUUAAUGGGAACAUGGACCUCAACGCUUUCUGCCUUCAACCUUCAGCAUUGUAAUCCCAGGGUGGGUGCACCCCAUCUUUUCCUGAUCCCCCAGCCACCACUUCCACCUCUACCACCACCCAACUCCGAGAGAUUCGGUCCAUAUCACUGUACCUGGUGCUUGUACAUUUGGAAUUGGUGCCUUCUCCUUUUGGCAACCAUGUUAUCAAUCCCUUUUCUGUUCAAGUGUCUUAUUUAAAGUUUAUUGCUUGCCAAAGAUGACAUCGUCAGAUAGGAGAUGGGGAGAGCUUCUGCAGAUUCUGACAAGAGUGGAGAUUUUAAAUGUAAAGUUAGCUCAGUAAAGGAUAUUAGAAUAGCUGGUGAUGGUUUUAUAGAAGCUACAUGGUUUGUUCCCAUCCUUUUGGUGUGCCUGGCCUGUUGCGUGUGACUCCCUGUGUCCUUUUGUAUCAUUUGUAUACUGAUGUGAUCACACAAACAGUAUCCCCUCUCUUUUAAUAGCAGAGUACAGGACAGAAAAUUGAUCAAAGUAUUGGUUUAGUAAGACCAAGAUGAAACAGUCUACAAAGUGGUAUGUAAUGCCUUUUGUUUGGAUUGGGAACAAGCAAAAUUUUCUAAUAAAUGUUCUGAGACUUCCAGAAUCACUUGUUUUCUUACCAGACUAUGGGCCUGCUAAGGGUGAAGAGCAGAUGACCAGACUGCAUUCUAGAACCCACGGCCAGUUCAGCUGCACUAAAUGUGUGGAAGAAGCUUUUGUUGCUGUUUGUAUCAUUCAAAUUAGUUUUCUGCUUUCAAUACCAAAAAGAAAAAACAAAUGCAGAUGCUUUAAGGCAUAAACAAUUCUUAAGAAUUUAAAAUAUGCAAUUCAAUUUUGAUGUGUUUUGAUCCCCAAGCACCUUGCUUUUUUUUUUAAGUCAGCUGAUUUUCUCUUUAGAAAGAGGUUCAGCUAGAAACCUAGGUUUUUUGGAGUUUGUACAUUCUUUUUUAAGGUAUGGAGAAAGGUCAUUCCAGAGGGGAAUACAGCAGGACUUUCCCUAUCUGAUGGGUAUCUGAUGGUCACAGACUGUAAAGAACAGUGUCAGGGGGCAUGGCCUGCUGUUCCCACCUGGAGACUGGUAGCAGUGUAACACUAGUAAUGAGUCAGGUUUUCUUUGUUAUUUUAUCUUAAGCCUGCUCUGUAAUUGAAGGAUGGCAGACAAACAUGGGACAGGAUUGGCCUCGGUUUUGCACAUCUAUUAAGGGUACACUAAAGGCACUCAGAGAAGCCUCUGCCCUCCUCACUUUUCAUAAGUCCUCCCUCCCACCAGCAGUUAUGCAGUGGCUUUCUUACUUUGCCAGUGGUUCCGUGUCUUUCUUCAUGCCCAGGCUAUUUUCUUUAAGAUUUGGUCCCUCCUGGCAAUACCUAGAAUUGAUGCUGCUCCUUAGGUGGCAUGGCACUAGUCUGUAUUCUGCACUGUCCCCUACUUGGUUCCUGGCACUGAGUGGCCUCCAGCCCUGAAUAGUCACAGGUUGAUGUACUUGUGAUCACAGAAGCUGACUUUUGUCUUCUUCUCCAAGGGAAAGGGGCAUGUCAUUUUCGUUUGACAGAGGGGGAGAAAAAAGAUGGUCUUUGCCUGGCUGCUGUUGCUGUAGUCUCAUGUAUAAGAUAGCACUGUGUUUUAAACUUGUUUUUUCAUUACACUGUCUUUGCAAUAAUGUAAAUGCAAGAAAUCACUUAGCUUUCAAAGCUGAGUGGUCUGGUCUUAUUUAUGUGAGGACUCUUUAACAUAUCAAGAAUUAGGUGUAUCACCAGAUUGGGUUUGGAACAUGAUAACUGCUUUAGAUGGAAUGUCACUUAAGCUUUGUGUUCUUAAAAAUUAUCAAUGUGAAUGUCAUAAUUAUAUAUUUUUUGUGGAAAAAUUCUCCUAAGUAUAAGUUAUUGUGCAAAAUAUAGUAUCAUGGACACAAAUAAUAGUUUAACUUUUAGUUUAGAAAUCCCUAAAAGAUAUAAAUUGUAUUGCAUAUGCAUUAAAAGUUUGUUUUAUUUAAUUUUAUGUAGAUGUGUAAAGUGUUAGGUAAAAAAAAAUUCUUUUCACUUACCAUUUAAACACCUGGUUACUUGAAUAUUGUAUUGACUGAUCAGCAGCAGUGAUCUGUUCUGUAGGACAGCUCUUUAACCAGGAAGUAACUUGCCUCAGUUGUGCUGAUUAGCUUAGUGGGGCACACAAUCAGGGGCUGUGUUGGCAGGAGCCCAAGGUUAGUGUAGCACCCCUACUGCAUUGUCUUCUGUGUUUGUCAUGACACCGCUUCCUUGAGAUGGUUAUUGGUAGUUUUUAACCUGAAAGACCCACUGAUGGUCACAAGCCUGUAAUCAAAAAACAAAAAUGAAAAAAUGCUUACUGUGGUGGAGUAAUUAGGCAGUUGUUUUCUGUUUAUAUAAAAUUCCCUCAAGUACCACACACCACUCUAAGUGUGCUCAUUGUCACUUUAAAUUUCAACUAUACCCUAUUUUUGUCUUUCUAAAUAUCAGAUGUACUAUUGGUAUAAUUGCACACCAAAAAUAAACCAAGCAGUGCAUUACACUAACUGGAUCCCUGCUUUUAUGUGAGCAAAGGAAAGAUGGAGUCAACUCCAACAAGAGCCUCUUCUUCUCUCCUGUCUAGCCUAUUGCUACACUAGUGACCCAGGAUUCAAGCUUUUAGUACCAAGUAGAUUCUGCCUCUGAUUGACUCAGAUAGUUAGAUCAGCCUGAGCUAGUGAUCUCGUGCAAUGCUCUUUCCGCCACUCCCUGGAUCUCUGCAGCUUUUCCUGACUAUAAUAAAGCACAAUGGCAGGAACGUUACAGUUCAAGAAAAGGAAGGUCAGUAUAGUUCUAUGCAUGUUGUAAAAUAAUGAGUGUUUACAGUCACCUCCUCCUAAAGCGGAAGUUUAUACUGGAGUGGAUAGUAUUCCAUUAUGUAGACUUACAACUUUGCUAAGUGCUUUUUAGAUUGCUUAAAAUUUUUCCAAGAUUUUAAAAGAUGUAUAAGGUUAAGUGUGCAAAUAUAAUGGAAAUGCUGUAUAUCUUUUGAAGUGGUAAAACCCACGCUGGAGUUUUAAAGAAAAUAUGUUGUAAUAAUGCUGUUGUAAGUAAUAUUUUCAUGUCUCUCUUUGCCUGUUUUCUAUUUCAGCACAUUCAUCGUGGUGAAUGUUCAUAGCAUUAUAAUUGCUUAACCAUUGAAUGAUAACCUUUGUUAGUGAAAAUUGGAAGAUUUAUUUGUGAAAUUCUGCAGAAUUCAUUUUUCUAUUUCCAAUAUUUGCUGAAGUUAAAUAAAAGUUUUCAAGCCAUUGAUGUAAAAAGAUACGAAACAGUUUUCUGCACCCCCACUUUCACCGUCAGAGGUUGGGUGUCUUCCUUCCCUUCCAAGCGGACUUGGGGCUUCUGAAUGUGUGACUUCCCCAGAAUUAGACCCUUCGGGCACACAU